AUGUAUCUCAGUUCCAGAAUGAUUACUUCAGUAAGCCCUAGCACAAAUUCUUCCUUUCUUCUCACUGGAUUUUCUGGCAUGGAGCAGCAAUACCCCUGGUUCUCCAUCCCCUUCUCCUCUAUCUAUGCCACGAUGCUUUUGGGAAAUUGCAUGGUUCUCCAUGUGAUAUGGACUGAGCCAAGCCUGCACCAGCCCAUGUUUUACUUCCUGUCCAUACUGGCCCUCACUGACCUGUGCAUGGGGCUGUCCACUGUGUACACAGUGCUGGGGAUCCUGUGGGUCAUUCGAGAGAUCAACUUGGAUUUCUGCAUUACCCAGUCCUAUUUCAUCCAUGGUCUGUCCUUCAUCGAGUCCUCUGUCCUCCUUGCUAUGGCCUUUGACCGGUACAUUGCAAUUUGCAAUCCACUGCGUUAUUCCUCCAUCCUGACUAAUUCCAGAAUUAGCAAAAUUGGGCUUACUAUAAUAGUUAGGAGUUUUUUCUUUAUCAUCCGUCUGAAAUUUUUUAAUUACUGUCAUUUCCACAUCCUUUCUCACUCUUUCUGCCUGCAUCAGGAUCUUCUCCACUUAGCUUGUUCAGACAUCUGAUUCAAUAGUUACUAAGCCCUGAUGCUGGUUAUUUGCAUACUGUUGUUGACUGCUAUACUCAUCCUUUUCUCCUACAUUCUGAUUUUUAAGUCAGUCCUUGCAGUUGCCUCUCAGGAAGAGUGGCAUAAAUUAUUUCAGACUUGCAUCUCCCACGUCUGUGCUGUCCUUGUGUUCUACAUGCCUAUCAUUAGCCUCACAAUGGUGCACCGUUUUGGCAAGCACCUUUCCCCUGUGGCCCACGUUCUCAUUGGCAACAUCUACAGCCUUUUCCCACCUUUAAUGAAUCCCAUCAUCUACAGUGUCAAGACCCAACAGAUUCAUACCAGAAUGCUUAGACUCUUUUCUCUGAAAAGAUAUUGA